AUGAACCUCCGCGAAUUUUUGUCAAACACAGCCGUACUACCUAAAAUACUUCCCGAAGAAGCUUUGGCUCAUGGUAAAUUGCAAAAAAUAUUGGGACUUCAAUGGGAUGCAGAAAGGGACUUGAUCACGAUUAAAUGCAGAAUACCUAAAGAAGAAAAUGUUACAAAAAGACUCGUUGCCCGCCACAUCGCCUCUGUAUACGAUCCGUUGGGCUGGUUGAUUCCGCUUAUGGUCAAGAUGAAGGUUUUCCAGCAAGACCUGUGGAAAUACGGAUUGCAAUGGGAUGAGAAACUUCCAGACAGUCUCAAAGAAAGGUGGAAUUCUCUGAGAGAAGAAGUGGACGGAUUUCAAAAAUUCUUACCCCGCAUGGCAGCAAGUGAUGCAAAAGAAUUUCGGUUGGCGGUCUUCGCAGGCGCAAGUGACGAAGGUAUGGCAGCAUGUGUUUACCUGCUCAACGAGCAAUCAACCCGCUUGAUUAUGGCAAAAUCGAGACUGCCGUCGAUUAAGGUACGCACUACUAUACCAAAAAUGGAAUUGAACGCAAUCACGAUAGCAGCGCGACUAAUACUUGCUGUAUUCAAAGCCGUAAGGACGGACACCUCCCCAAGAAAGAUACACAUCCUUUCGGAUUCACAAGUUGCACUAAGCUGGGUAUCAUUAGACCCACAGCAAACCAAACUGGGAGUUUUAGUGCGGAACAGAAUCAAAGAGAUUCAGGAAAUAGUAAACACUCUAAAAGAGUGCGGAGUGGUAGUUUAUUUCCAUUAUGUAACGUCGGAAGAUAACCCCGCGGAUGCAGGAACUCGAGGUUUGAACGCUACGACUGCACUAAUCGUCUAUAAAACAGCUUUCAACGACCACGGGGCAACAACUUUUUUGGACAUUGCGAGAUUUUCAAGCUUCCAGUCAGCAAAGCGCGCGGUAGCGAUAGCUCUUAUAUUCAUCAAAAGAUUGACACGAGUACUGAAAAGGGAUCGUCAAAUGCAAAUACUCAGUAAGAUUGCAUUCAUGAAAGAUAUCAUCAACGGUGCCAUAUCUCCACUGACUACAGGAAGUCUAUGGAAAACACCUUACGCUUAUUUCAAGACAACCAUUCAAUAUGGCGCUCACGAGGACGGUUGGGGAUGUCAACGCUUGAUCUGA